AUAAAUUUGAACUGUCAUUCACGUGCUUUUUCGAUUUUAAUAGUAUUAAAGCAGUAGUAAAGUAACAAAGUUGUGUUUAUACCGAAUUUUAAUAACAUAGGAUGUCUGAUUCUAAAAAAAAUGAUUCCAUCGACUUUGGGAUCUUCAGAACAGUUCUGUUCUAUUGCAUCACAAUUAUCGUUAUGCCAGUCACAACAUUUUUCAUAACCAAAAGUGUACUUUUUGAUGGAAUUUUAAAUACGAAUACAGUAACCAGUAAUGUCUUAUCGGCUGUAGCUGCUGUGAUAGUAUUACAUUUUGCUUUAGGACUAUUUAUAUAUAGAGCAUACUUUGAAGUAGAAAAGAAGAAACCUACUUCCAAGCAGGACUAAAAAUCAUCAAAUUACUAGUGUUAAGAAUGUUUGAUGAAGUCAUUAAACUUUUGAAUGUGAGAGUGAAAUACCACAUUGAACAAACACGAAUUGCAAACAUUCUGGCUGAUAUGAAUAGGAGAACACCAUCAAGAGUGCAAGAAAAAGCCGCUGAAGGUGUUAUAAGAAGGCUUUUACCCAACCAUGCUCACAUGUUCGAAGUACACGUUGA